AUGGAGAUUCUCCAUUCCUCUCUUGACCAGUUGCUACUUCAAGCCUCGGCUUUCUGGGUCCACGUCGUGAACAGUCACUCACCACAGAAAAUCGAGUUCGUGGGUACGCUGUUCGUCCAAGUCUUAGCAUUCUGGCUACCAUCUCUCUGUUAUCUCUGCUUGGAUGUAAUUGCACCGUCUUUCUCCGAGCGUCACAAAAUCCAACCAGCGCCCAAGCAACCGACACGUCGCGAGAUACUUCGCUGCUUCAGCGUUGUAGCCCAGAAUCAGAUCUUGUCAUCUGUGCUCCAUAUAGGACUGCUAUUUGCAUCCAGCCAAGCUGGCACAAAGUCCUCAUAUCGCGUUGAAGCAUCAUUCCCAAGCAUACUCGAGAUCGCCCGCGACGUUUUCCUCAGCCUGCUGAUGCGCGAGGCUUUAUUCUACUACAGCCACCGACUGCUGCACAUACCAUACUUCUACGUCCGUAUUCACAAGAAGCAUCACCGCUUCACAGCUCCAAUCGCCCUCGCUGCACAGUUUGCACAUCCGCUCGAGCAAAUCUUUGCCAAUGCAUUGCCCAUCUCUCUACCACCGCAGUUGCUUCACAGCCACGUCCUGACAUUUUGGAUAUUCUUAGCUUGGGAGCUCUUCAAUACCGUGACUGUCCACAGUGGGUAUGAUUUCUUCCAUAACAAAGCCAAGAUGCAUGACUUGCACCAUGAGAAGUUCAAUUUAAACUAUGGGUCCGUGGGACUGCUAGACUGGGUGCAUGGGACGAACAAAUUGGAGAAGCGACGCACCGAUUAA